AUGGCAGCACUAUCAGCAUGCCAAUGUUCUAUUUGUGGCAGCAAAUUCAGCCAUAGUAGCAGUUUGAGUCGUCAUCUGAAGAAUAGUCAUAAUAAAGAGAAUUCUAAGAUUGGAACUAAUUUUUGUACUGAAACUAACUGUGAUAAAAAAUUUAUUAAUAUGGAUGGUCUUAUUGAGCAUUUGGUGGAAACCCACAACCAAUCAAUUAACGUAAUUACAAAGAGUUUCCCUAGCUUACACAACUUCAUGCAGUGGAAGGAAGAGUUAGAAAUUAAAUCGUCGUCUUCAUUUGUUUUACACUCUUCUCCAAAGCAAAGAGUUGAUUGCACCUGCUACUAUUACUAUUCCAAUAGAAGUGGUCAGUAUAAUUCAAAAGGCAAGGGUAAAAGAAAUCUCAAGAUUCAAGGAACAUCUAAGAUUGGAAGUCAUUGUACUGCUUAUAUAAGAGUACAAAAAUUUUUAUCAGGAGAAGUUUCUGCCGAGAUAUGCAAUCAUCAUACACAUCCAAUCGAAUUAGGCCACUUGAAACGUUUUGAUUCAGUCCAACAAAUGAUAGCUGCUAAAUUAAGUGAUGGGGUUAUAAUAUCGGCUAUACUGGAUUCUGUGAGAGAUAACAUAGAAAAGAUAGAUCGCACAGCACUUUUAUGUCGACAAGACAUUCAUAACGUGAUGCAUCAGUAUAAUAUAGCUGUUUUGAGAGAUCAAGAUAAUGAUGGUAGCAAUCCCAUUCUUUUAUUUAAGCAGCAAAGCUACGAGCAACCAAGUGAUAUUGAUGAUAUGGCAAAGAAUGAAUUUCUAAUUAGAAUCCAAACUUUGUUUCAGAGGGACAUGCUUCUACAAUUUGGCCCAAAAGCAAUCUGCAUGGAUAGCACUAACAGCACUAAUGCUUACGACUUCUUUCUGAUAACUAUUUUAGUUCUUGAUGAUCUAGGUGAAGGAGUCCCUAUAGCAUGGAUAAUAUCCAACAGAGAAGAUGCAGCUACAAUCCGACAAGUUCUCAUUAAAAUGAAGGAAAAUGUGGUGACAUUCAUACAAGUUUUUUUAUGA